CGGUGCGAUGGCGGCGGCGGGCGGCGUCGCGGAUGGAGCGGCUGCGGCGGGAGCUGGGCGGGGGGCGCGGAGCCCCCGAUCGCGCCCUGACCUGGCAGGCCAUGGAGCAGCUGCGGUUCCUGCGGCAGGAGCUGCCCGAGGAGUGGCCGCUGGAGCGCCUGGCCCAGGGCUUUGGCGUCAGCCCCGACGUGGUGCGGCGGGUGCUGCGGAGCCGCGGCUGCCCCUCGCCGCGCCGCCGCCUGCGGCAGGACCAGCGGGCGCUGAGCGCCGCCGCCACGGCUCCGCCGCCGGGACGGGGAGCGGGGGACGGGCGCGAGGUGCGCGCCCCCGACGGGACGCUGCUGUACCGGCUGCCGCGGGGCUGGGGCGGGCAAUAAACGCACUUGGGACCCGCC